UGGGGCUGCGGGCCUCGGUGAGGGGUAGCCCGGCUUUGUCCACUGCUCUAUCUGGUGGUGAAGGGGUUUGUGGGGGAUACGUACAAGGGAAGGGUCGGCUAGGAACGGAGUUGUUAGUGUACUUUGGAGAUUGGGAAGCGGAUACAGUGUGACUGCAGAGUGUCACAGCGUGACUGAGAAUUAUUCACUGACAGUUGAAUUCUGAGGUGGGUAGUUGUGAUAACAUGCCCAGGGAAUACUGCUGACAUGCAUGUCCCUUCAGAAAGUGGUUUUGUUCCAGCUCUGACAAUAAAAACUGGUAUCGGAGUUGCAGUGAAAGGGAAAUAUUCAUAGUGCUAGGAGAACAGAAGGAAAGGGAAAGAGAUGCAUAUUAACAAGUAGACUUGAUAGAACAAAGAUAAAGAAACAAAGGACUGGAAAAAGAACAAUUGCUGAUUUGAUUUGCAAGAAUGUAAAACACAGCCCACAGCAAGGGAUGCAAUGACACAAGUACAACCGAAAAAAUGGAAGAGAACAAGAAAGAGGAGAAGCCAGGAAAGCAAGUUACAGAACCCGAAUCAGAUAUACCAGAAGCCAUACUAGAACUUCAAAUUGAGACAAAAGAAGCAACAAUUGAUCGGGUUUUGGUUCAUCUGGAAGAAUUGGAAAACAAGAUCAAAGAGUAUCAUAAAAGAAAUGAUGUUCUGAAGGAAGAACAGCAAGCACUUAUCAGGCGCCUAAUAAAACAAAUAGAAGAAAAGGAGAAAGAACGAGAUGAAAAGGAGGUUGUAACUAGGGAUGAUGUGGAAGAGUCACUGGAAGCAAUUUUUCAGUAUGUGAAGGACAAAGAACAACUUUUUAAAGAACUGCGCUCCCAAAUUGAAGAAAUUCAGCAAAGAAUUUCAGUAAAGCAGCGUGAGAGAGAUUAUUGGUUGGAGUACAAAAAUGUAGGAAGUAAAAUACACGCUGACAAGAUUAGCAGUCUGGAGAAAGACAUUAAGAAAGUUAAAGAUGAUCUUCAAAGAACUACAGAAUAUUAUAGAGAUGCUUUGAAUGCAGUGAAAGAAGAACAUAAGAGUCUGUUUGACAGGCACUUGAAGUUACUUAGUGAGCAGGCUCUUAAGAGUGCUGUGGGAUACUUAGACAAAAACUGUCGCAGAGAAAUUCAAGAGAAUGAAUGGCUAAAAGAAGAGGUUAAGAUCUACCGAAAGGAAGUAAGUGAUUUGAAAGCCUCUGUUCAGCUCCUGGAAGAAGAAAAUACCAGUUUAGUGGCAAAACUGAUUGAUACCAAACUUCAGAACCAGAUAGGAUCCAGGCAUUUGUUUCUUACUGAGGCAGCUGGCUUGCAAGAAGGAUUUCCUAAGGAUGAAAUGGAAGUGGAAUAUAGAGAAUAUGCAGCAAAGGCAGAUGGAGGAGAGAGCCUCAGAAGUGCCACAGUUCCCUGUCAGAGAAAAAAAGCCUUUCCAAAGGUUCAGUCUAAAACAGAGGAUGAGACUCAAGACAGUGAAGAGCUGCGAAAAAAAUUCUUCACUACAGCCUUGGAUCACUUGCUGUACGAAGAUGAAGAUGAUCUCCAGGCAUACUUAAAACUGGGUCCUCUGAAGAGAAAACUGUAUGUAGUUGGAAGAGCCGUGCCUACUCAUCAUAAGGAACAAGAAGAAAUGCCAAGCAGGAGCGACAGAGAGGAUGGCAGUGUUGGUAAAUCAGAUGGGCACAUCACAGCUGAGAUGAUCAGGGCCUUAUUUAAAGAAAAUGUUGAUUGAAACUAGACAAGCUGUGCUGUUAACACAGAAAUGUAACAAUCUCAGUUCCUCAAAUAUUUGCUCUGUUCUUCAAGGAGUGUAUGGCAUUGGGCUUUGUGGAAACUUUUUUGAGUGCCUGAAUCAUGAUUCACACGUGUAAGUUUAAUGAGAGGUAUGUCUGUGUGCAGAUGGCUAAUUGAAAGGUUCCUUUCCUUACCACUGAGAGAGGUUUAGUGCACUUUUUGGGCUACUCAGUCCACAGAGCAGCACAUAUAUCUACAAAAGGAUCCGAAUUAAUAUUUAGUUUGUGUGGUCUCCACUUGCAGACUGUCAAAUGCGGAAUUCCCUCUCGAUCAGACACAAAUAGGUAAAUGCAGGCUGCCAUAAAACAUAGAACUGUUACAAAAUAUUUAAUACUCUGCUAAAGCAGAAUUAAUUUGUCCAAGCAUAAUUCAACUAUUGAUACAAAUUGAGUGUUGGAAUGAAUUUUAUCUGUCUCCAUAAACUCCCUACUUAAAUAUAUUGAAAUAAAAAUUAAUUUAAAAAAAUUAAAACCAGCAUAAAAAUCUUGGAAUUCUUAAAUAUUUUGUUUGUUUAGAAUUGGCCAAAUAUGUUGUAUAACCCUGUAUCUUCAGUUUGUGACUGGUCUCUAUGAACCUAUAUCCUAGUGCAUUGAUGCAGUGGGGGGUUUUCCACUGCGCACCCUGGAUACCCUCUCAGGAGCACACAACGCAGUUACUUCCCACAGGUAGGCUCUGAUGGGUGUAUUUCCUAGUUAGAAACUUGUGACAGCAUUGAAUAAUCUGAUUUAAACCCUUGACAGG